AUGCCCUCCUCCAGGGGAUCUUCCCAACCCAGGGACUGGACCUAUGUCUCCUGUGUCUCCUGCAUUGCAGGCAGAUUGUUUACCGCUGAGCUAUUCAGGGAAUACACCUGUCCUGUAGCAACACCACCAAGCUCCUCUCUGAUUGUGCCACCAGGGGGCACUCUUCUCAUGUUGGACUUGCCAGGGGCAUUGCUGUCCAGAUGUGUUGAAGGGUUUCUGCGUCCUGCCUUUAUGUUUUCUGGGGACACCCAGGAUGCCAGCAACCACUUUCCUGUCUCACUGGUGCUGUCUCCUCACCGUCGUCGCCCUUUCACCAAUGGUACCCAAGCUUGGUGGCCCCUAGGGACGUGGGCGCUGACUUGCUGCUAUUAA